CAACCCCUUCCAGCACCGUUUCCAGCUUCAAGUCCCGACAGUGGAAGGCCAAGCCUUCACCUUGCGGCUCUGAACACCCCUUUCCCUGGCGAUAUGCGAGCCGACUACCAGUGCUUCCAGCAAGCCCGGGCCGCCGGUCUACUCUCGACCUACAGAGCCUUGCUGUCUUCGCAUCUGCAAGACCUCUUGACCGUGGUCAGGAAAGCGGACAGAUAUCACCUGCCCAUAGUGAAUCUGAAGGGAGACGUGCUGUUCAACAACUGGGAGUCCAUCUUCUCAGGCAACGGGGGACAGAUUGACACCCGGAUCCCGAUCUACUCCUUUGACGGCAGGAACGUCAUGACAGAUCCUGCCUGGCCUCAGAAGGUGGUUUGGCACGGCUCAAGUCCCAACGGGAUACGGCUGAUCAGCAGUUACUGCGAAGCCUGGCGAACGGCAGACCUGGCGGUCAUGGGGCAGGCCUCGCCGCUCCGGUCUGGGAAGCUCUUGGACCAGAAAGCAUACAGCUGCAGCAACCGGUUUAUCGUCCUGUGCAUCGAAAACAGUUAUCUCUCCGACAGCCAAAGGAAAUAAGAGCCCCCCUAUCCCUACGCCCGCCCCCCGC